GUACUAGUAUGCGGUAUGCCGGUACGGCAAAACGGGUACGCGGGUCCCCAUGGUACGUUUGGAUCUGGUUUCGUGUCGGAACCAGAUCCAAACCACGAUAACACAGUAGAAAGACACCCGACACCGACGCUCGUCUUCUCUUCCCUCUUGAUUUUCUUCCGGCGGGUGCUUGGGCGGCUGGAGACGGACGGUGCCUGGCGACCGGCGACGGACCGCGAGUCGGCGAGACCGACGGCAGGUUUCACAAUGUCAAAUUUUAUGACAUUAUGUCGCCGCACAAAUCUCUCAGAGCUACUUACAAAGGUUUCUGCUUAUAGCGUACAUGACAAGCCUGCAGUGAACACUGGUGCUGAUGGACUGAGCUUAGUGUUCAAGCGGUGGGCUACCAAAAAGACUGCAGGAUCCACAAAAAAUGGCCGUGAUUCCCUGCCUAAGAAUCUUGGUGUGAAGAAAUUUGGUGGGGAGAAAGUGAUACCUGGGAACAUUAUCGUCCGUCAGCGGGGGACCCGUUUUCAUCCAGGAAACUAUGUUGGGAUGGGCAAGGAUCACACGCUCUUUGCUCUCAAGGAAGGUCAUGUCAAGUUUGAAAAGCAUAAGCUCAGUGGCCGCAAGUGGGUGCAUGUUGAGCCAUUAGACGGCCAUGUUCUUCAUCCCGUCUACAUGAAAGAAGCCGUAGAGACAUUAUCAACUUCCUCUGCAUAAACCUGAGAUUUUAGCUUGUAAUGGACUUUGAAGAUGGUUGAGCAUCAAGUUUUUGGUUUUCAUGAUGGCACAAUUCCGGAAAAUGCCAGACUAUUGUGGUUAGCUCAUUGCAGUCAGUCAAUUGUUCAUGUUACAAGCGGCGCUGAGACAAGCAAUAUGUGAUUGGUUUAUGCUUUAGUCAUCAAAAGUUAUGAUCAUUGUUUAGUUUCAUAAGCUGAACACGGAGACAAACCGCUCAUCAGCUGCUCAGUUCAUUUCUCCCUCCUCUCUCUCUGUCUUUUUUUUUUCUCUCUCUUUUUUGCUUUGUCAAAUGAUGGUUAGUGCAACAAGUGGAGUAGGAAGGCUUGUAACAUGCAUGUUCUUGAUUCGAGUCUUGAUGGUGCUACCCUAAUGGCAUUGAGGAGUAUUCAUUUGGGUUGUGGAUUGUCAUACUCAAGGCUAAUGUGAUUGAUUUUUAUGUCUCA